UUCCUUGGAAAACACCGCAGCUCGCUGCUUUUGCAAUCACGUCGACCUUUAGGCUCAGUGAUUGACUGGGAGCAGAGGAGAUAGAGAAACUGAAAUCAUGUGUCCCACAAGUCAUACCCCAUCUAGCAUGUUAAUGUGAAUGAAAGCGUCGUCGACCGGUCGAACUAGGGCACCUACAUCAGCGAAGCCUUCUUAGCAGCCGGCGGAUCAGCAGGAAGCAGCACGCUCAAGCGUGUCGAUUUGGGUUGACGAGAUGUUGCACCAUCACAUGAUAAAGCGGGAGGAUUCGAAUUCGUCGAUCGGAUCCUCGUCAACUCCUCCGCCGGUUAUGCUAUCGUCGUAUUCGGAAGCGGCCACUGCGCUCUACAACAAUGUGGUCAAGCGGUCGGUCUCUCCGAGCCACGAGGAGCAGAUGAGCUUCAUCAGCGAAUUCACGUACAGCGAUGACAUCGGCGAGGCCUCGCAGUCGCCUCCGUUGAGCCCCGAACUGAACACAGAUCACCAGCUCUACCUCGGAAUGCGUUCUGUUCAGAGUGCAGCGGCGGCUCAGCAAGUAGCUCGCGUAGAACAAGGAUCUCCUCGACGGGUGUGUCUUGUCUGCGGAGACGUAGCCUCAGGCUACCAUUACGGAGUGGCUUCCUGUGAGGCUUGUAAAGCCUUCUUCAAACGAACGAUCCAAGGGAACAUAGAAUAUACCUGUCCUGCGAACAACGAUUGUGAAAUCAACAAGCGGCGACGGAAAGCCUGUCAAGCGUGUCGCUUCCAAAAAUGCCUCAAAACGGGAAUGCUCAAAGAAGGAGUUCGUUUAGACAGAGUCCGUGGUGGACGGCAGAAGUACCGAAGGAAUCCCGAAGGUCCUUAUCAGGUGGCAGCACAGCCCAUCAAACGCAUCACGAUCGACGAAAAUACAAUCAUCUCAGCACUUAUCGCCUGCGAGCCGCCCACCUUAUCCAUCAGCAUGAAUAAGGAGUAUACGAAUGCUUUUUGUGACUCGAAGACCGCACUAGCCGCCCUCGGAGAGCUCAUCGAUCGAGAGCUCGUGAACAUCAUCGGGUGGGCUCGUCAGAUUCCUGGCUUCAGCCAGAUCCAUCUCGACGACCAGAUGCGACUCCUUCAGAUGUCGUGGGGAGAAGUCCUCUCGCUAACGCUAGCGUUCCGCUCGAUGGAGAGCAGUGACGGUCUCUCGUACGCAAACGACCUGACCCUAUCUCAGGUACAAGCUGAAGAAAUGGGUCUCGAAGAAAUUUUCCUAUACACCAAGCAUCUCGUUCAAAGGCUCAAUGCGAUCCGGAUCUUCAAGGAGGAGUACCUUGCUCUCAAAGCGAUGGCUCUUAUCAAUGCCGAUACGGUGCUGGAGAAUUCCACUCUAGUGUACAAGAUGCGAGAGUCGAUCAGUCAAUCUCUGCAGGAUUGCAUAUUGACGUUGAGCCCCAGUACAAACAAUGCGGCUCCCCGUAUGGCACAGCUCCUUCUUCUGCUGCCCUUACUCAGGCACCUCGAUGUCCUGAUCAGGCAGUUCUGGCAGCGGAUGCGUUCAGAACGGAAUGCCACAUUGAACAAACUACUGUGUGAGAUGCUAGAGUGGAACAUGACAUUCAAACUGGGCUGUUAAAGCAGGAGGAACUCGUCACGGAAUAAGACGCCGUCGUCCACUCGAAAACCCUCGAAUAUGCAUGAGAAUGAUUCAGGAAGCACCAGUGGACGAAUCAACGGUCCAGCUGUUUCGAUGGUGCUGUUGGGUUCGCGGUCGAGAAAGCAAGGGGGAUUUUCCUCCCUCGACGAAGUGGAUCUGGAGGCGGGGAACUGAAGAAGAUGAAAAGUCGAGUGGGCCCCUCCUCUUGCAUGAAUACCAGCAGCGCGAUCACCAGCAGACGUGAGCAGCGACGGUUCCUGGGCGUGUUGAAUGUGCGAGAGGUUGAGGAGCAUGCGAGUAUAUCCAUUCGAUCGAAACUCGGUCGUCGAGCGAGGAAGCAUCGCGGCUCAUCUUUGUUAAAUCUAUUGUUGACUACGUUGACUGAAGCUUCGGGAAACCUGGAGCUUGGAAUAAGUACGAAACCUGGUGGCGCCUAAGAGGUAGAGAAUCGGGACGGAGUGAUGGGUUUGUUACGGGUUGACUUCCUUGUUUGCGGCGCUGUCUUUCUGGAAGCUCGAUCUGAUCGCGUCACAGAAGCUCCGUCGACUGAGGAAUGGAGGUCCGUGAUUUUGUAGGACUGCGGCAAGUAAUUGUGUUGAGGCGUGAGUUGAACCCCUAAGAGUGCUUGACAACCUGAUUAAAUGCGUGGGUCGUCAGAUGGUCGACUAUCGACUUUACGACUUGGGACGUAGAUUCGAAUCGGAGACCGUCUGUUAGUAAUCCAUACGAGAAAAUCAGCACAACAAAGCUACCCAAAAUGACGUUCGCGAAACGACGGAACAUAGAUGAACACUGAAGGCUAUAGAUAUAAAUUUAUAUAUA